AUGCCAUCUGUGAAAAUCAUCAAUGGAAAGGGACUACUCGGCUGUCUACAUGCCGGGCACAAGAACCGCAUUUCAUGUGAGACUAUGGUUCAUCCAAAGGAUGGAGUUGUUACCCAUCCCGAGAUUGACAAUAACUCCAGCCACACUUCCUCGAGCGACGGUACUGCUUCCAUCGACAUGACGAACAGCGAGCGCAGUACAAUGAGCGAGGUUAAGAGGAGCCAAAUCCUUGAAGGCAUGCCUCGUUUCUUCUAUGAAGCCGAAGCACACGACGACUCUCCAUACGUUUCCAUUUUUACCGAUCACUAA